UUAUCUAUAUAACUUAUUAAUAAGAUUUGUAUGAAAUUUCCUCGUAAAACAAAACGAAUAUAAGCUUUUGCUUUUUCAAUUAAGAAAGAGAAGUGAAAGAAGAUAUAAAAAAUAUAUAAAAAAGAUCAAAAAUUAUUUCAUAGAACUUAGGGUACGCUAUCAACAGAUUACUAUACUGAUAACAGUGAAUUAUGUAAGUCGAUUAGGAACUUAGAUAAUCGACAAGUGUGUCAAAGGUGUUGGAGAAGUACAAUAUAUCAGAUGAUCAAAACCAUGUGUUCCGAGAAAACACCACGGAUUCUUUCGAUCCAGAGUCAUGUAGUGUCAGGAUACGUUGGCAACAAAAGCGCUACUUUCCCGUUGCAGCUAUUAGGCUUUGAAGUUGAUGCAAUUAACUCUGUACAAUUAUCCAAUCAUACUGGCUAUAAAGCAUUUAAAGGACAGAUACUCAAUGAUAAAGAUCUAGACAAUCUUGUUGAUGGCUUAGCUCAAAAUAACUUGGAUAAUUAUACGCAUUUACUGACCGGAUACAUUGGUUCAGCUUCUUUUUUAAAAAGGGUAGCAUUGUUGGUCACAACAUUGAAAUGUAAAAAUCCAAAUCUUAUUUAUGUUUGUGAUCCUGUUAUGGGUGAUAAUGGAAAGAUGUAUGUCCCAGAGGCACUGAAGGAAAUUUACAAAAAGGAGAUACUUCCAUUAGCGGAUGUGCUUACUCCAAAUCAGUUUGAAUUAGAAUUACUGACAGAUGAAAAAAUUACUAGUAUGACUGAAUUGCAAAAUGCAAUUAAAAAAUUGCAUCAAAUUGGACCAAAAACUGUAGCUCUGUCAUCAUCUGAGCUUAACAAUAAGUUGACGGCAGUAGUCAGCACUGAAAAAGAUAAUGUAUUAUUGAAAGUAGACAUUCCUAAAAUACCAGCAACCUUUACGGGUUCUGGAGAUCUUUUUGCUGCAUUAUUCCUUGCUCACUUGUAUUUGCAAAGUGACAUGAAAACCACGAUGGAGAAAACUAUAAAUUCUCUAUACAGCGUGUUACUUAAUACUUAUGAAUAUUCUAAAGUAUAUGCAGACACUCAAGCGCAACAUGCUAGAAAAAUCGAAUUACAACUUAUACAAAGUAAAAAUAAUAUUGAAAAUCCAGAAAUUCGUCUAUUUGCGGAAUUAUUAUAACAAAAAUAAUAGAAAACGCUUAAAUGUAUUUCAAUUACCAGAAAAAAAAAAAUAUGAUCAAAUCAUUGUACAUACAUAUUAUUUACACAAUGUAAAAUUUCUUUACUAUUUAAAUAAUUGAACACUUGUUAAAUCUACUUACAAUACUACCGCGAGAAAGAUGUUGCAUUUAUAAUAAUAUAAAGAUUUUUAUUUUAAUGAAACUCCAAAGACCAAUAUAUAUGUCUUCCAAAGAAAGCAUGUAAUUUAUUCAAGUGUUAUAUAUGAUAAUUAUGUAACAAAUAAGUUUCUAUAUGUUAAAUAAAUUUUAAAUUUUGGAAAC